AAUCUUGAGACAGCUUAGCGAGAAGGAAACGUAAUAUGGCCCUUUUCAGGCACAAGUCCUCUCAAAUUAAGCACCACCUGAUCAUACCGAUAACUCCCCGGCAGAUAACCAUGCGGUGAGUCCGAAUGGAAAUUUAUAUAAAUACUGGAGGAUUUAAAAGAAACGGACCGAUCCUCUACUCCAACAAUGAGUUUUUCUAUUGAUAUCGGAGGGGAACAUAGUUUUCACCAUGAAAUCAUCAGAUCCCCAAAUCCUGGAUCCAUUAGAGCGAAGGACAGAAGAUGACAAAGCCUCCCCCCAAGAGACACACCAUGCUCUUGUCAAUGAGUCGAUACUGAGUAGAAUAGCUAGAACAGCUGAGCAGGUGGAUGAUAUCGCUCAAAGGCACGAGAUGUCGAACGACUCGGCACCCGAGGCUACAAUACCAGAUUCUCAUCAUACCAGCAAUCGUCGGCAGCAGGUCGUGAUGUUUUCUGAAGAGGGGGUCACAGUUCAUGAGGCGCCAUUUUUGAAGGAUGCAGUCAAUGCACAGGCUCUACGAGUAGCUGAUUCUGGGAAAUAUCUUUCAACAAGAAGAGGGGGAUACUUUCUCUGGCGUGACUGCUUUGAUGAUCUGGUGAGGACUGAGACAGCAGAAGUUCUUGUCACUGGCUUGACAAGAAUGAGAUAGAAAGAGAGGAAGUAAUGAUGAACAAAGUGGGGUGCAGGAAAAGGGCUUUCGUAAGACGACG